AUGAAAAAGUGGCUGUAGAAAAAAUUAAAUUAAAGCCUUUCAGAUGAUUAAAAUAAACAUAGACUUACUAGAAAAGAAAGAUAUAUGAGACAAUAUUUGAAUUCUGAAAAAUGUUAUAAUUAUUGGGAGAUUAUGACAUCCAAUAAUUUAGUUUAAGUAAAUCUAAAUAGAGAAUCAUAAGGAUUUGUUAAAUAAAUAUAAGAAAUCUUUAAAAGUCCAGAAUAAAUCUUUGAUGUUGAAUUGCAAUAAAAAUUAAUGGAAUUAUAUACACUAUAAGAGGAUUAAACACCAGUUUUAGCAAUAUUUGCAGUUGGAUUUCAUCAUAAAAGAGGAUCAGAAAUAGAAUAUUGUUAUCCAGAAUUAUCAUAAUUGACAAAUGACAUUGAAAAUAUUAUCAAUACAGUGACAACAUGUGCUUUACCAGAUGCUGUUCAUAAUGCUAAUGAAGACUACUUAUAUUUUAAUUUUGAUGCAUAAAUAAAAGAGUAGAAGAAACAAUUGUUUGGUGUAACAUGCUUCAAAUAAAUUAAAGUAACAGAAGAGUUGAAAAAAUAAAAUCCAGAAUUAACUAGAGGACAUAUAUAAAAGGCCAUCUGUUUAUUAUCUUUUGUGCCUCUUUUUGGAUAUAUAAAGAGUAGAUUAGAACCUACAAUAUAAGCAUAUUUUCAAUUAUAAGACUUUAAAGAUAUGUCAAUUUUAAAUUAUGCUUUUGAUAGCAUUUUAUAAACAUUUGAUUUAAAGAAUGUAGAAAUCUCAGCAUUAUAUACUGAUACUAAUUUGAUUGGGUUAUUUUGGAUUUUUAAAGAAAAAAUAUUUAAAAUCCUAAAAGCAGUUUAAUAUUAAAUGAAAAUUAUUAUAUACUCUUAAUCUUCUAGUGUUUGUUCUAGAUUUAUAAUAAGUUUAUUAUCUUUGAUACCAGGUUUAUUGAAUUUUAAUUUAUAAUCUAAAAAAUCAUUAAUAUAGGUAAUAAUAUUUUAAUAAUUAAAGGCAAGCUUCUUGAGUAAUUUUGGGUUACCAUUUAAAAUAUUUAGUGAAACAUAUAGAUUAUUUAUGCAUUUUAGUGUGACAGACAUUAAUAUGUUAUAAAGUAGUAAUCUAAAAGGGUAUUUGAUUGGAACUACAAGUAAAUUUAUAAAGGGUCUCAAUUAAUUAAAUCCUGAGAUAAUUAUUGAUAUUGACACAGGAGAAUUGAAUAUUUUAAAAGAAUAGCAUAAGAAAUUAUUAAAGUAAAGUAUAUGUUUUAAUUAAGUCUAAAAUUAAUUGAAAAAUAACUUUACAGUGCUAUUAAUACAGAUUGUUUAAAAAUAUUGGAUUAAAAUUAAUAAGACUAAUUAAAAAAAUUAAUUCCGAUUCAAAAUUCUAAGAUUACAUUUCAAGGAAGUGAAGAUUGGAUUAGAAAAAUAAUUCAUGAUAAUUACAUAAAAAUGUUAUCUGAAAUUAGCUAUUUCGUUAUAAAUUUAUAAACAUUUGAUGAAAAGAUAAAUAAAUUGACUGCAAUAAGAACUAGAAAGAGUAUGAUAAUUAAAUAAGAAAUAAGUCCAUAAGAUGUAAUAUUAGAAUCUAUAAUAAAAAGAGCUCUGAUGAUGAUGAUAAUCAAUCUUAAGAUCCAUAAAAAUUAGAAAUAAAGAAGCAUAAAGAAGAUUUGGUUGAAGAAUUAAAAAUUAAGGAAUAUCGUAAUUUACUAUAUGAUCUUAUGAGAGUGAUAAGAAAGCAUAACAGAAAAGGUAUCAUUUAUUGGAUUACAAAAACUGAGAAUGGACUUAAUUGGUUAAAAUCAUUUGAUUAUUCUAUUAUCACAAAUUCUGAAUGUUUUGAUAAAAAUUCAACAUUGUCAUUCUAUAAAAUAUUUGAUAAUGCAGAUAUUUAUAUUGGAAAUAUGUAAUAUGGUGGACUCAUAUAAUUAUUUUAAAAAAGAGUAUACUUAGGUUAAAUUUAAGAUUUUCUCAAACAUGGAUAAGGAAGAUAUGAAAAAUUAAUUGAUAAGAAAUUUUAAUAUAAAGGUCAAUUUAGAAAUAACAAAUUUCAUGGAGAUGGUAUGCUAAUUGUUGUAAAUGAAUUUUAGUAUAAUGGUCAUUUUGAGUAAAUAUCUUUUUUGAUUUUAGAAAUAAUCAAUUUAAUGGAUAUGGUAAUUUGUAAAAAGAGAAUUAAAUUUAUGAAGGAUGGUUUAAAAAUGGGUUCUAUUGUGGAACUGGAAAAUUGAUAUUGCCAAACAAAGAUGUAUAUGUUGGUUAAUUUUCUGAUGGCUUAUUUUAAGGAGAAGGUCAAUAUGUUUGGGCCAAUGGCGAUAUAUAUAAAGGUAUUUAUAAGGCAGGAAAGAGACAUGGUAUGGGAAUCUAUUAAAGUAAAAAUGAAUUCUAUUUUAUUUUAGCUAAAUAAUACACAUAUGAGGGAGAAUGGAUAGAAGAUUUAAAAGAUGGAUUUGGAGUAAUUACAUUAUAAGAAAAUAAUUGCAAAUACUAAGGAUAAUUUUAAAAGGAUGAGAUUGUUAUAAAUCAAGAAAUAAUUAUUAAAUUUCCUGAUGAUAGUAUUUAUAAAGGUAAAGUAAAGAUUAAUUAUAUAGGAUAGAUUAAAAACUAUUAACCUCAUGGGAAGGGUUAUUUAUAAUUUAUUGAUGGAAAAAUUUAAGAUGGUAAUUUUAAGGAAGGAAACUUUAUAGACUAAGAACAAGUUGAAGAUAAAAAUGAAUAAAUUAAUUCAAAUCAAGAAAAUACAAAUUAGGAGUAAAAUAAUCAAACAGAUUCUUAAAAUUAAUCAGAUUAAAAUUUAAAUUAAACAAUAAAUCAAAAUGAGCAAUAAUAAUAAUAAAUUGAUGAUAGUUCAAAUAAAUUAAUAUGA